AUGAAUUCGUCAUAUCCAACCGGCUUGCCUGAGGCUGUCGAGGCUCCCGAGGGCCUCACACACAUAUUCCACUUAUAUGGUAUGGAUAAGGCCUGGAGCAUGGAGGUCUAUGAAGGCCAUGUCCGCUACGCCAAAGCGCGGCAUCACAUGAAAGAGCGGCACAGCGUGGCCAGGGUCUUGGAACAAGAGACCAUCAAUCUACAUGACAAGCUACGUACAGAUACGCUUGUACAGGCCUCCCACAAGAAAGCGUGGGACAACCUUCAACAGCAAGUCUCCCGUAUUGUGGCCAAAAGGUGCCGGAAUUACACAAAGAGACUCGAACAUCGUGACCUUCUCAACUUCCCAGAAUUUUUCGACGAAGUCCUGGAUUACGGCCUCACCAACCUAUUUGAGCGCUUAGAGAUCAACGGGCGAAGCUUGUGGAAGGUGAAUUCGCUAUACGCCUCCCGAUGGUUCGUUGGAGCCGAACCAGGAGACUACGUCUGGUAUCACGACCCAUACCGAGUCGACGACUUGGGAAUUAUGCCUAAGCCACGUACGUAUCCCGCACAGUAUGCAUAUCAAGAUUUUGAUCUUGACGCACAAAGUGUCCUGGCCAAGCCGCCAGGAGACAUUACAAACUUUGUGUACUGCGGCACAGUCCCGCGGCCCAACGAUGAACACAGGUACCGGUUCCAGCAGAUUGUACCAAAUGUGGUACGCAUGUUGGCCAGCAUUGUGUGCUUCACCAACCCAAGCGCCACGGAACACGUGCUUGACAUUAUGAGUGCCCAAAAUCUUCAACCCGCUCAAGUCACUCGUGAGAUGGUUGCGGCGCUCUUCCGGGGCUGGAAUCAAGCCCUGAUCGGCGGUAUGCGGUCAGCGAGCCUAACAAGGCACAUUGCUUCCCAACCGCUUCUGAUUGAGUUUGGUGCCCUCACACACCAGCUCGAUCAGAUUGGCGAUGCUCGCAAGCUUGGAGGCCGACUGCAUGAUGCAUGGUCCGCCAUCACCGGGCUGACGGUGCCAAUGGCAGAAAUGGUUAUGCAGGGCUGGGAACAGCGUCUUGCCUACCAAAGGCUCUUUAGUUCCCGCGGAACAGCGCACAUGUUGAUUUAUUAUGAUAUGGAUAUCAAAGAGGGCAUUUUCCCUUUUUAUCACACACACGUCUUCCUCAACGACCCCUUCCACAUAAACAAUUUGCGCGCAGUCGACGCUGAUCCGUACAUUGCCUUCAGUACCUUUCAGUCGCUGCAUCAAUAUCUCCGACAACCGGGACCGAACCGCCGCGCACCGCAAGCGGAACCAGCAGAACCAGCGGAGCCAACAGACACACUUCCAGCUUGCGUCGUCGCCCCUGUCGAGCCUCAAUUGACGACCGAGCAGCAACAGCAGCAGGCGCCAAUUACAACAGAAGAGAGAUCCAACGACGACCUAUACUACGCAACCCCAGCUGCUGAAGAACCUGUCGCGGAAGAACCUGUCGUUGAAGAUCAAUUCGUGCAAGAUCAAUUCGCCAGAUACCACUUCGAGGAACACCAAGAACCAGCUGCCGAAGAUCCAGACGUCUUUCACCAGACCCUUUGUGUAGAUCCUGGGGCACAAGCUCUUGUCGACGUGCUAGCACCCUACAUUAGUUCUUCCCCUUCUCCUGAGCCUGAAUCUACAUCUGAGCUCACUGAAGAUCAAGACUCCAGCUCUGCAUCUGGUAAUCACACACCAAGCACGCUCGAGUCCACCACUCCUCCUGCCGCCACCAGCCCCAGCAACAAGCGCAAGCGAACCGACGACGAUCUCGGCUUGAUGAGCCGCCUGAACCUUGGCACGGCUGCCAACGCGACCAUCCGCACCUUUAGCACCUCAUCGUCCGUCAUGGCCCGUCAAGCGGUCUCGACCGGUCCUCCUAUCCGCAAGAAGCAUGCCAUUGUUCGCACCGAAAACUGGAAGCGCCUCAAGGUCCUCCGCAAAAAUAUGUUUACGCCCGCCCCUCCUCCCCUUCGAAUGGCUCGAUCGCGCCACGUUCGCCACUGGACCAUCCACCGCGCGUGGCAGCUCUUCCGCCGCAACCAGCAUCUUGCCAUUGAGCAGGAGCGCAUGCGAAUGCAUGACAGCAUGUACAAGGCUUGUGAGGAGCUUCGCCUCAGCGCUGGACCUGGUGAGCGCGGCGAAGGUUACCUGUACCGCGUAGCCAUGGAAAAGAAGGGCGUUUGGGGCACCGACGCCAUUCCUAUCGAGUAUGCUCGAUUCCAGACCGAUAGCCCGGCAAAGCAGGCAUGGAACCACGACUGGAAGCGAUCAUAA